AUGGUGACGCCCUCUCUUUAUGGUGACGCCCUCUCUAAUGGUAACGCCCUCUCUAAUGGUGACGCCCUCUCUAAUGGUAACGCCCUCUCUAAUGGUAACGCACUCUCUAAUGGUAACGCCCUCUUUAAUGGUAACGGCCUCUCUAAUAGUAACGCCCUCUCUAAUGGUAACGCCGUCUCUAAUGGUAACGCCCUCUCUAAUGGUAACGCCCUCUCUAAUGGUAACGCCCUCUCUAAUGGUAACAGCAUUUUUAAUGGUAACGCCCUCUCUAAUGGUAACGGCAUUUUUAAUGGUAACGCCCUCUCUUAUGGUAACGGCCUCUCUAAUGGUAACGGCCUCUCUAAUGAUAACGACCUCUCUAAUGGUAAUGCCCUCUCUAAUGGUAACGCCUUCUCUAAUGGUAACGCCCUCUCUAAUGGUAAUGCCAUCUCUAAUGGUAACGGCCUCUCUAAUGGUAACGGUCUCUCUAAUGGUAACGGCCUCUCUAAUGGUAACGCCCUCUCUAAUUGUAACGCCCUCUCUAAUGGUAACGCCCUCUCUAAUGGUAACGCAAUUUCUAAUGGUAACGCCCGCUCUAAUGGUAACGCCCUCUCUAAUGGUAACGCCCUCUUUAAUGGUAACGCCCUCUCUAAUGGUAACGCCCUCUCUAAUGGUAACGCCCUCUUUAAUGGUAACGCCCUCUCUAAUGGUAACGCCCUUUUUAAUGGUAACGCCCUCUCUAAUGGUAACGCCCUCUCUAAUGGUAACGCCUCUCUAAUGGUGACGCCCUCUCUUAUGGUGACGCCCUCUCUAAUGGUAAUGCCCUCUCUAAUGGUGACGCCCUCUCUAAUGCGCCCUCUCUCUAAUGGUAGCGCCCUCUCUAAUAGUAGCGCCCUCUCUAAUGGUAGCGCCAUCUCUAAUGGUAACGCCCUCUCUAAUGGUAACGCCCUCUCUAAUGGUAACGCCCUCUCUAAUGGUAACGCCCUCUCUAAUGAUAACGCCCUCUCUAAUGGUAACGCCCUCUCUAAUGGUAACGCCCUCUCUAAUGGUAACGCCCUCUCUAAUGGUAACGCCCUCUCUAAUGGUAACGCCCUCUCUAAUGGUAACGCCCUCCCUAAUGGUAACGCCCUCUCUAAUGGUAACGACCUUUCUAAUGGUAACGCCAUCUCUAAUGGUAACGCUUUCUCUAAUGGUGACGCCCUCUUUGAUGGUAACGCCAUCUCUAAAAGUAACGCCCUCUCUAAUAGUAACGCCCUCUCUAAUAGUAACGCCCUUUCUCAUGGUAACGCCCUCUCUAAUGGUGACGCCUCUCUAAUGGUGACGCCCUCUCUAGUGGUAACGCCCUCUCUAAUGGUAACGCCCUCUCUAAUGGUAACGCCCUCUCUAAUGGUAACGGCCUCUCUAAUGGUAACGCUCUCUCUAAUGGUAACGCCCUCUCUAAUGGUAACGCCCUCUCCAAUGGUAACGCCCUUUCUCAUGGUAACGCCCUCUAAUAGUAACGCCCUCUCUAAUGGUAACGCCCUCUCUCAUGGUAGCGCCCUCUCUAAUGGUAGCGCCCUCUUUAAUGGUAACGCCCUCUUUAAUGGUAACGCCCUCUCUAAUGGUAACGCCCUCUCUAAUGGUAACGCCCUCUCUAAUGGUAACGCCCUCUCUAAUGGUAACGCCCUCUCUAAUGGUAACGCCCUCUCUAAUGGUAACGCCCUCUCUAAUGGUAACGCAAUUUCUAAUGGUAACGCCCUCUCUAAUGGUUACGCCCUCUCUAAUGGUAACGCCCUCUCUAAUGGUAACGCCCUCUCUAAUGGUAACGCCCUCUCUAAUGGUAACACCCUCUCUAAUGAUAACGCCCUCUUUAAUGGUAACGCCCUCUCUAAUGGUAACGCCCUCUCUAAUGGUAACGCCCUCUUUAAUGGUAACGCCCUCUCUAAUGGUAACGCCCUCUCUAAUGGUAACGCCCUCUCUAAUGGUAACGCCCUCUCUAAUGGUGACGCCCUCUCUAAUGGUAACACCCUCUCUAAUGGUAGCGCCCUCUCUAAUGGUAACGCCCUCUGUAAUGGUAACGCCCUCUCUAAUGGUAACGCCCUCUCUAAUGGUGACGCCCUCUCUAAUGGUAACACCCUCUCUAAUGGUAGCGCCCUCUCUAAUGGUAACGCCCUCUCUAAUGGUAACGCCCUCUCUAAUGGUAACGCCCUCUCUAAUGGUAACGCCCUCUCUAAUGAUAACGCCCUCUCUAAUGGUAAUGCCCUUUCUAAUGGUAACGCCCUCUCUAAUGGUAACGCCCUCUCUAAUGGUAACGCCCUCUCUAAUGGUAACGCAAUUUCUAAUGGUAACGCCCCCUCUAAUGGUAUCGCCCUCUCUAAUGGUAACGCCCUCUCUAAUGGUAACGCCCUCUUUAAUGGUAACGCCUUCUCUUAUGGUAACGCCCUCUCUAAUGGUAACGCCCUCUAA